AGCAACGCAUUCCGGGGAGCAGCACUCACGUAUUACAGUAUAGGAACGUGGUGACGAACAUUUACUCACAGCUGCAGAGGAAGGCAUGCAUUGUUGAACUCGCUUCUGACAUAAACUAGGGGUUUGACACUUUGCACGCUGGUGCUCAGUUUUGUCAACUACGCGUGCCCCAAAACGCUGAACAAUACGUUUGUGUGCGUGAAUAUUGGGUCUUUCUUAUUUGACGACCGUGUCCAGAAAAGCCGUUCCGAUGUUGUCUCGAGAUUCACCUGAGAUUCAGUCAAGUCUCAGACUUUGGUCGCGUCUAGACCCCUGGGGAAGAUCCAUGGAGGAGGAGGAGAACCCUUUGGAGAGGGAGCAUACUCUAGCAGUGGUUCUACCAGGAGGCCUGGAGAAAAUGGCCACGGUACAUGGGAGUAAACCUGUGAUGGACUUACUGGUCACACUCUGUGCCCAGUACCACCUGAAUCCAUCUGACUUCACCAUGGAAAUCCAGUCGGCCAAUAGAAACGACAUCUCCUUCAAACCCAGCACUCUGAUUGGAGCCAUGGAGCCUCACAGGAUCCUACUGAAACCUAAAGGGGGAGAGGAGAAGAUAAAGAGGCCGUACGUGCCAGAGGUCACCGUACGUCUGCUGAUCAACUACAAGAAGAACCAUAAGGCCGUUGUGAGGGUCAACCCUAGAGUCCCUCUGGAGCAGCUCCUGCCUGCGGUGUGUGAGAAGUGUGAGUUUGACCUGGAGUCCACCAUUUUGCUGAGCGCCAACGACUCUGAAGGACCUUUAAACCUCAGCAGGUCCCUCGAUGACUAUGGACUAAGGGAACUAUACGCCAAGGACAUGGCAGAAGCACCUGUAGAAACACCCCCCCCACCAAGUAAAGAGCAGAAACAGAAGGAGAAAGAGAACAGGGGAUUGUUCGGCUUAUUCAGGAGAAUUAAGAAGAAACCAGAAAAGGGUCUCUCAGUGAGUGCCCCGGUCUCGCGUGGUCUGAAAAACCAGCGGGUGGCCAGCAUCUGCAUGAACUCCCUGGGUAUCCACUCCUCCAACACCCUGCCCAUGGACAACACCAUGGUCAAGAAAAGACGGGCACCCAUGCCCCCCAUGGCAGGCUCCCAAAGUGUCCCUGCUAACCUCAACGUCCAGCCGUUGACCUCUAGGAAGAAGAGGAGAGCCCCCCCGCCACCCCCCUGUGCCCCCCACCACCAUCCUCCUGUGUUAACACCCACAAAGGAGCACCCCAGGACACUGAAAUCAAAGACGGCGAGUGAGAGCUGUGUCCUCCUUUCCUCUUCCUCUGUGCUGCUCCUCCUGCUCCUCCUGCUCCACUCUCCCCUUGUCCCCGUGGUGAACGAUUCUUCCUCUCCACCAUGUAGUUUUUUUUAAUGAUCUGUCAUGCUUGUCACUCGGUAGUCUUAUAAGCUCUUAUUUUAUUUCUGUUUUAUUUGUUGAUUUUGUGUUAGUGUGUUGUGCUUUUACCGCCUUGUAACCUUUUAGUUUCUCUGCGUUUUAGAUGGUAGGUUCCUCAGCACAGUAACACAGCUUUGUUUCUUCCUGACACAUCAUAACUGUGCCUUCUAAAGAGACACUACAUACAAUACACACCUCUGUGUAAAUGACGUACAUUACUUCACUAGUUCACUUUUGAAUGAAACCAUGAAGGGGAUUAGGUUUUAUUGUCUCCAAUGUGUCUUUUCUGUCUUUGUUGUUUUUCUGUUCCUCAAUUGACAUGUUUUCUACCAUUCACCUCUUUCUUUUCAAUCAGUUUAUAGUUUAAACUACAUCUGUUGAGGAGAUCAUGUUUUCUAAGUCAGACAUAGGUUGCUAUUCCUUGUGCAAAUGUAUUCAUUUUGAUUUUAAUAAAUUGCUUUGAUUAA